ACUGCAAGGUCAGCAAUAGUUGUUGAUUGAUGAAGAUCUCGGAGGCCGACGUGACGUGCAGUCGACGGCCUAUGCCACGUAGCUGCCGUCCACGCGCGGCGCCACGUCGGAUGCCAUGGAGGUUCUACCAGUAGUCAGGGCUCAUGACUGGCCGUCCACAAUUUCUUUCGUGUUGAUUGGGAAAAUCCGCGGACGUACCGCGCGAGGCAUGCGCAGCAACCAGCGCCGCAGCGGCCGUAGUAGUAGCUCUGGUGGGAGGGAGUGGCGGGCUGUCGAGGGGAAGGAACCAAGCGGGUGCGUGGCCCCUUGUUCCCCUGCUCUGGCCCGUCCGCCCGCGCUUUCUGCUGGGCGUACCUGUGCCGGUGGCAUAGUAUACAGCAGAAUUUUAGAUAGUGGAAAACUUUAUACGAAUUGUUCCCGCGCAGUGACUGUUCGAGAUGCCUCGCACGGCGCCUGGGCGGCGUCCGCCGUGUCGAGUCGCCGCCCGCUGGGCAUGGGAUCUUCUGCCGACACGGACACCUGGCGGUGUAUGACAGCGGCGCAUCCUGGUCGCUGCUCACCACCGCCGCGGCAGCUUCCGCCACCGCCGCUGCAGAACGCGCACACCAAUCUCGUCACCGGGAGAAGGAGACGGUAUCAGAUCGGAUCGUCAAGUCAUUCGCACCCGCUGCUGGCCUCCACGUGGCGUGGCCAGCCGUUAAUCUGGAAGAAAGUAGCCUCUUAUUGGGCAUACAGGCAGGCGACGAGGAUGCCACGAGAAUUUCCACCCGCCGUCGUUUCGGCUCAUGCCGGCUUCUUUGAAAUUUUCCAUAACCAGGUACUUCUUGCGGCUGCUUUAGCCAGCAUUACCGCCCAGCUGCUGAAGCCCGUCACGUCUGCGCUUACCGGUAGGGGCUUUGAUUGGCGGCUGAUCAUGAAGUCAGGAGGGAUGCCCUCUUCCCACUCAGCGGCUGUGACUGCUAUGGCGACAGCAGUAGGAAUUGACAGGGGCUGGUCUGAUCCGUUGUUCGGCAUCUGUGUCGUUUUUGCCUGCGUUGUUAUGUAUGACGCUCAGGGAGUGAGAAGGGCAGUUGGGAAGCAUGCUGAAGUGCUGAACACCAUAGCGGUGCCGGAGCUGUUUCCUGCGGGUUCCCUCCUCCCAGGCAAUGUAUCUCCUUUGAGUUCAGAAUCGCCUCCUUCCUCUGGUCCCAGCACACCAGUCGCUCCUGGAUGUGGAAUGCUGUCCCCAUCAGCAGCAUUGUUCGGCAAAGACGAUGAGGAGCAGAGUCUGGCUGCCCACGGCUUGUUAGCUGGAAGGGUGAACAGAAGAGGUGCAGGCAGUGCCUCUCUCAGUGACAGUCCCCUUGCAAGGUCAGCACCUAGUCGACCAGAGACGGUUGCUGAGAUAGGUCCUAUUACUCCAAAGCGAGGGCGCAUUUUGGAGAUGCUCCCGCUCCGUCCAAUGAAGAACCUUGAUCGUACGGAGAGGUUUUGGAGCUCAGCAGCGGUCGAGCCCAGCGUGCAGGAAGGGGAUGUGCUGCUGCAGGAAAUUCAGAGCAUCGAAGGGUGGAGGCAUAUACCUUUGAAGGAGUCUGUGGGUCACACAAAGCUGGAGGUUUUUGUGGGCGGUAUCAGUGGCAUUGUCCUCACAUUGGGCAUGGGUACAGUGGGCUUCUUCCCUCGAUGAAAUUGACAACGCUUCGUUGUGCUUCACUGUGUAUGGAAGGAAGGAGCAUCCUGACAUCUCUGUUAUUUUCUGACUUGCCCUAUGCAAGCAUGUCUGCCAGCCUGUCAUGUUUCUUGUUUUGAUUAGCGUGAAUGACAGAUUGCUUGUCCACCCAGGCAUUUCAACCUUGUCAAUGACGCCGAUGCAUCGGCAAUGCCAUGAGCACAAGGGUUGCUGCUGACAUGUGCAAGAGAAGAGAGAUGUGGGAGUGUGUCCACUCGCCAUGGCCCAAUCAUGCUAAUUGGAUUGCCAUGAUAAUGCAGUUGCAAUAUCCGACGGCUCAGGAACUUAACCGUCGAAUGUGGCAUGGGAAGCAUAUAUCAGAUUCAUGCUCCUUGGUACAUAUUUCUGACUGCGGAAUGGAGUUUGUUGUCAAGUUACGGUUGAAGGGUUGGGGUUCUGUACAUAUCGGAGGUCUGUUCCGGUUGAAGAGUCAAAAGUGUUAAGGGCUCAUGGAAGGCAGGAACUUUGUUUGCCAGUUCGUAUUUGAUGCUCAGUGGUUGUGUCUGUGGAUGUGCGAAUCUGUUUGGUUUCGUGGAGCAAAUGUGCGCGGGAUGAUUCAUUGCAUCUUAAACUUUUUAAGAGUUCAUAAUGUAUCUCGUUGACACAACAAUAUUUCGAUUCUUUUAGGCCAGGUUUGUAUAUCAGAAGUCUUUGGAGAUGAUGAAGCUUAGUCUUUUUUUUCUCUCUUGAAGAUAUGGGAGGGAGUUACCAAGGGUGCGGGGGUCGGUGGUACAUAGCGAAGCGCAAUGCCAAAUGCAGGAGGACAGAAGGAUGGGUGGAACAAAUGGAUCGAGCAAGAAGGCAUGCUGCUGCAUGGAUAGUUGGGCGUGUUUAUGGAUUGGCUGGGUGCUGCUGUGGGUGAACACACGUAAUCCUUACUUGUCCUUUACUGCAGUUGAGGUGAAGCAAAAGAAUGGCAAUCUGAAUCUGGCUGUGCUCUGCAAAUGGCUUCAGCUGUCCAACGGGCUAUGCCUAUGGGGCUGAUCAGGAAGAUGCAGGAGUUUUGCAAGCCAGAGGUUGCAACUGCAGACACGUAAUGAGAAUCAGGAUGUGACGCAUGCCCCGUUGGGCAAUGUGUAUGGAGCCAAGGAUCCGCAAUGUGAUGAGAAGGACUGAAUGGACAAUGCAAUGUCAAUGAAACAUCAACAAGCAAUGUACAUCCCGAUACAAACAAAAUGGCACAAAGUAG